UGGAGGAAAUCGAAAGACUCUGGCAAGAGAAGAACUAAGUGUUAUGGAAGGGUUAUGAUGGCUGCAUGGUUGUUAUGAUUUAUGAAAAUCGUCUCCAAGGGUUGCUGGUUACAGCUUCAGCUCGUAUCUCUGCAGGUGACAGUAUUAAGAUGAUAUCCGCGAUAUAUAUAAGCAUUAUUUAUUGCAGAUAUUGAUGCUCGCUAAUUCAUAAUGUCUAAAAGAAUCUGUUUCUUUUUUCUCUUCUUGUUUGAUCGAGAAGAUUCUGCAUUUCAGUUUUCUGCCAUGCAAAAUAAUACGCAAAUCACAAAGGACUAUCUUUCACAGAUGCACGCCAUAUACUCUCAUCUCCCCUCCACAUUGCAUCGUUUACAGAAAAGUAAUCGUGCACAUUUGUCACAGCAACCAUUCACCCUUACUAGCACUGAAAUUAUCCUGUUGCUAUACAGGGUCCCAACAACAGGAUAUUUUGUUGUGUUUCUAGUAUGCUUCAUGGAAGUCAUCCGUGUUUACCUGCUCUGCUUUCACUCAUACUCAAUGCAUACUGAUUUAUUAAUUCUACAUACCAAUAUUUUUCCUUGGUAGCUGCGCCCUUUUCAUAUCUGUUGUCCUCAACUCUCCUUGUCAAUCAACAGCCAUGGCAUCCUCUUGGCUUCCAUCCCC